AUGCGGCUUCUGAUCCUUGUGCUGAUUUCUCAUUUUGGCACAUCCCUGUCGGGACGGCUUCCUCCAGGACUUUGGUCAUCCCGGUCGUCCGCCUUCUUUGAGCCGGAUGACGAGCUGCGCCCCAUCGAAACUCUGUUAAAGCGUGCUGAUGGUCUAGCUGACGAUGGUCUAGCUGACAUGGAACCAGAUGCUAUAACGGCGGGGCGGCUGAAAGAUGUCUUGCGGGAAAUUGCCCGACGAGGUAACGGCGCUGCCUACUUCUCCACGUGGAGGCCGCACUCUCGGUUUGGAAGACGUUAA